AUGAUCGCCGGUCUCUCCAAAGUCAUCACACUGUACCUGGCUCCAUUACUAGCCCUCACGUCCCUCAUCCUCACGUUCCUCGCAUACUUUUCCCCUGUUGCGAUACUUCAGGGGAAGGUUGCUUUGCUCACUGUAUCGCCGUCCACAUCAUUGACGAACCCCGGUUCAACCUCUGCAAUCGACGGUCCAUCGGUGUUCCUCGGUGCUCUCGGGUCAUGCUCGCGCAGCAACAAUGACGCAACUAUCACUUGCGAACCAGCGACGCUAUCGCCUGAAUAUGACCUCUCCGUUCUGCCCAGUAAUGCGCCCAACCUUCUAUCUGCGCCUACGGCCACUACGCCCGCAUUCAUUGCCGUGUCGUUGGGCUUCGGGGUCGUCUUCUUCAUGCUCUUCACCCUCAUUUCGCUGCGCCACAAGAUGCCGGGUAAAGUUGCUGGGGUCAUGGACAAGCCUAGCAUUCAACGUUUCGCGGCUUGGGUUGGCUUGCUUGGCUUCAUGAUGGGCCUGACCAGCUUCCUCGUUAUCCGUAUGUGGUUCGGAAAGGCGGUGGAGGACUUCAACACGUCUAUCUCCGAAGCCGGAAACGGCGGGUCACAACUUGUUGCGGCGACAAGCAAUGGGUUCAUCAUGGUCUACGUGGCCUACGCGUUCUAUGGUGUCCCAUUAGUAUGCUCGCUAUCCCGCCUCCACGUCACUGCUGUCGCCGCCAAGGGAGCUGCUUGA